ACCAGAGACACAAAUGGCUUAUGCUGCUGUAACUUCGCUUAAAGGAACACUCCAUCUACAUUUCUUCUUGCAAUCACAACCACGCCUGCCUCUUAUUUAUAAACGAAAUAUGGUCUCUCUCCAUAGAAAUCUUAGUUUCCUUCAAGAAAGUCUUGAGGAAUCUAAGAUCACCUAUGAUGAUGCGGGGGCGAUGAAAGAUCUAGAGGCAGAGAUGAGAUAUGUAGCGUUCAAAGCUGAAGAAAGGAUUGAGAUGGAGUUGACUACCAUUUAUCUAGCAAAGAGUUGGACGAAGCGUCUUGCUUGCUUCCUCAAGCUUCAUGGAAUCUUUAUUCAAGCUGUAAUACAGACUGAUUACCUCAAGAAGAAGUUGAUUAAGAUUAAAAGUAAACACGAGUUUGCAAAGGGUCCAUCAAUCACUGGCGUUUCACUCCUUGGUUCAACAUCAUCGCAGCCUGCUAAUCCAGAACGCGAGAAUAAUAUUACUGUGAGUAAAUUUUCCAACAGCGCUUCAAAGUUUGACAGUAGAAUGGUUGGAUGCGACAAGGAAUUCAAGACGAUAUUGAAUAAGCUCACGCAACAAUCAGCUGAGCAGCUCCAAGUUGUAUCAAUCGUUGGCAUGGGAGGAAUAGGCAAGACCACUUUAGCUGGGGAAGUCUACAAGGAUCCAUCAAUUACUUCUCAUUUUUACAAGCAAGCAUGGGUUACUGUAUCCCAAGAGUAUACCGUGGGGCAAAUGCUCAGAUGCCUUAUUGGUUGUGUUAGUGCAUCAAGUGAUGAACAAAGCAGCAAUGACCAAGGCGGAUUAGCAGAAAUGCUACGUAAACGCUUGAAGGAUCAGAGAUACUUGAUAGUGAUAGAUGAUAUAUGGAGCAAAGAAGCUUGGGAUAGUGUGCAAAGGUGCUUUCCAGAUGAUAAUAAUGGAAGCCGUAUACUACUGACUUCUCGGCUCAGAGAGGUGGCUGAAUAUACUGCUAGUUCAGAUAACUCUAUCAUUAACAUGCCUUUCUUAGAUGCCAAUGAAAGUUGGAAUCUCUACUGCAAUGUGUUUGGUCAAACAGAAUUUCUUUCAGUGUUUGAGCAAAUUGGUAGAGACAUAGUGAAGAAAUGUAAAGGAUUACCUCUAGCUAUUACUUUAGUAGCUAGUCUUCUCUCCAAGACAGAGGAGAAGGUGGAAAAGUGGAAGAAUGUUGCAGAAAGUGUAAUUGGUGAUUCUAAUGAAGCAUGUUCAAGUGUACUAUCUUUGAGUUACAACCAAUUACCACACCUGUCAAAAGCUUGCUUUCUAUAUUUUGGAGUUUUUCCAGAAGAUUAUGAAAUCCCUGUAAAGAAGUUAGUUAAGUUGUGGGCAGCAGAGGGAUUUUUCGGGGCUGUGAACAAUAAGAAUCUGGAGGAAGUGGCCACGGAAUGCUUGAAAGAUCUUGUUGCUAGAAGUCUUGUUAUAAUUGGUAAACAGAGUUAUGAUGGCAAAAUCAAGACAAUUAGGAUGCAUGAUCUGUUGCGAGACUUGUGCUUAAGAGAAUCUCGAUGUGAAAAUCUCUUGUAUGUCAUUGGAAAUGAUUAUCAUGGUGCUUUUGCUGGGCCAAUAAAACUCCCAUUCAACAAGAAGAAAUCACAGCACUUGUGCUUUGUCAGUUCAAACUAUUAA